AUGAAUGUGACUGGGGAACAACAGCCACAAAAGCAAAAACAGGAGCCACAACAACUACAAUGGGAACCACAAAAGCAACAACUGGAACCACAAAAGGAACAACAAUGACAAAAGCAACAACAGGAGCAGCAACAACAACUACUACAAUGGGAAUCACAACAGAGCAACAACAACUACAAUGUGAACCGCAACAGCCACAAAAGCAACAACAGGAGCAACAACAACUACAAUGUGAACCGCAACAACCACAAAAGCAACAACAGGAGCAACAACAACUACAAUGUGAACCGCAACAACCACAAAAGCAACAACAGGAGCAACAACAACUACAAUGUGAACCGCAACAGCCACAAAAGCAACAACAGGAGCAACAACAACUACAAUGUGAACCGCAACAACCACAAAAGCAACAACAGGAGCAACAACAACUACAAUGUGAACCGCAACAACCACAAAAGCAACAACAGGAGCAACAACAACUACAAUGUGAACCGCAACAACCACAAAAGCAACAACAGGAGCAACAACAACUACAAUGUGAACCGCAACAACCACAAAAGCAACAACAGGAGCAACAACUACAAUGUGAACCGCAACAACCACAAAAGCAACAACAGGAGCAACAACAACUACAAUGUGAACCGCAACAACCACAAAAGCAACAACAGGAGCAACAACAACUACAAUGUGAACCGCAACAACCACAAAAGCAACAACAGGAGCAACAACAACUACAAUGUGAACCGCAACAACCACAAAAGCAACAACAGGAGCAACAACAACUACAAUGUGAACCGCAACAACCACAAAAGCAACAACAGGAGCAACAACAACUACAAUGUGAACCGCAACAACCACAAAAGCAACAACAGGAGCAACAACAACUACAAUGUGAACCGCAACAACCACAAAAGCAACAACAGGAGCAACAACAACUACAAUGUGAACCGCAACAACCACAAAAGCAACAACAGGAGCAACAACAACUACAAUGUGAACCGCAACAACCACAAAAGCAACAACAGGAGCAACAACAACUACAAUGUGAACCGCAACAACCACAAAAGCAACAACAGGAGCAACAACAACUACAAUGGGAACCGCAACAACCACAAAAGCAACAACAGGAGCAACAACAACUACAAUGGGAACCGCAACAGCCACAAAAGCAACAACAGGGGCAACAACAACUAUAACGGGAACCGCAACAGCCACAAAAGCAACAACAAGAGAAACAACUAUAACGGGAACCGCAACAGCCACAAAAGCAACAACCAGAACCACAUCAGGAACAACAACCACAAAAGCAACAACAGGAGCAACAACAACUACAACGGGAACUAUAACAGCCACAAAAGCAACAACAAGAGCAACAACAACUACAACGGGAACUAUAACAGCCACAAAAGCAACAACAAGAGCAACAACAACUACAAUGGGAACCACAACAGCCAGAAUAAAAUGAGAACCACAACAACUACAACAGGAACAACAACCACAAAAGCAACAACACUACAAUGGGAACCACAACAACUACAACAGGAGCAACAACAACUACAACGGGAACCACAACAGCCACAAAAGCAACAACAGGAGCAACAACAACUACAACGGGAACCACAACAGCCACAAAAGCAACAACUACAACGGGAACCACAACAGCCACAACAGAAGCAACAACAGGAGCAACCACAAAAGCAACAACAGGAGCAACAGCAACUACAACGGGAACCACAACAGCCACAAAAGCAACAACAGGAGCAACAGCAACUACAACGGGAACCACAACAGCCACAAAAGCAACAACAGGAGCAACAGCAACUACAACGGGAACCACAACAGCCACAAAAGAGCAACAACAACUACAACGGGAACAACGAGAACCAAAACAACUACAACUGGAACCACAACAGCCACAAAAGCAACAACGAGAACCAAAACAACUACAACAGGAACCACAACAGCCACAAAAGGAACAACGAGAACCACAACAACUACAACAGGAAUCACAGGAGCCGCAACAACUACACCAGGAACCACAACAGCCACAAAAGCAUCAACGAGAACAACAACAACAGGAACCACAACAGGAGCCACAAAAGCAACAACAACAGGAACCACAACAGGAGCCACAAAAGCAACAACAACAGGAACCACAACAGGAGCCACAAAAGCAACAACAACAGGAACCACAACAGGAGCCACAAAAGCAACAACAACAGGAACCACAACAGGAGCCACAAAAGCAACAACAACCGGAACCACAACAGGAGCCACAAAAGCAACAACAACCGGAACCACAACCGGAACCACAAGAGCCACAGAAGCAACAACAACCGGAACCACAACCGGAACCACAAGAGCCACAGAAGCAACAACCGGAACCACAACCGGAACCACAAGAGCCACAGAAGCAACAACAACCGGAACCACAACCGGAACCACAAGAGCCACAGAAGCAACAACAACCGGAACCACAACCGGAACCACAAGAGCCACAGAAGCAACAACAACCGGAACCACAACCGGAACCACAAGAGCCACAGAAGCAACAACCGGAACCACAACCGGAACCACAGAAGCAACAACCGGAACCACAACCGGAACCACAAAAGCAACAACCGGAACCACAAGAGCCACAAAAGCAACAACCGGAACCACAACAGCGACAAAAGCAACAGCAGGAGCAACAACAACUACAGUGGGAACCACAGAAGCCACAACCAAAACAACUACAACAGGAACCACAACAGCCACAAAAGGAACGAGAACCACAACAACUACAACAAGAACCACAACAGCCACAAAAGGAACGAGAACCACAACAACUACAACAAGAACCACAACAGCCACAAAAGGAACGAGAACCACAACAACUACAACAAGAACCACAACAGCCACAAAAGGAACGAGAACCACAACAACUACAACAGGAAUCACAGGAGCCGCAACAACUACACCAGGAACCACAACAGCCACAACAACUACACCAGGAACCACAACAGCCACAAAAGCAACAAUCGGAACCACAACAGGACCAACAACCACAAAAGCAACAACCUGAACUGCAACAGGAACAACAAUCACAAAAGCAACAACAUGAGCAACUACAAUGGGAACCACAACAGGAACAACAAGAAGAACCACAACAACUACAACAGGAACAGCAACAACUACAAACGUAACAACAGGAGCAACAACAGCUACAACGGAAACCACAACAGCCACAAAAGCAACAACCGGAACCACAACAGGAACCACAGCCACAAAAGCAACAACAGGAGCAACUACAACGGGAACCACAACAGCCACAAAAGCAACAGCGAGAACCACAACAACUACAACAGGAGCAACAACAACCACAAAAAUGAAAGACGCCUCGCCGUCCUUCCUCCAGCAGUCUGUCAUCACCACUCGCUGAUCACUGUUUACAACCCGAAACCUGAGCCGACCCAACAACCCAACACCUUCUUCCUCUGCCCUCAUGUGGCUCCACGGAGCAACUACAAUGGGAACCACAACAGGAACAACAAGAAGAACCACAACAACUACAACAGGAACAGCAACAACUACAAACGUAACAACAGGAGCAACAACAGCUACAACGGAAACCACAACAGCCACAAAAGCAACAACCGGAACCACAACAGGAACCACAGCCACAAAAGCAACAACAGGAGCAACUACAACGGGAACCACAACAGCCACAAAAGCAACAGCGAGAACCACAACAACUACAACAGAUUUUUAGCUCAGAUGGUGGAGCAGGUUGUCCACUGCACAAAGGGUCUGCGGUUGGAUCCCAGAACCAGGUGA